GCCGCGAAUAAGGAUUUAUCAGGAUACAAAAAUCGAUCGAGUUACAGCAUAAUUACUCCGGUUUCGCUGCUGACUGCGUUUACUACAUUUCGUCCAACCGCUCACUUCGUUUGUUGCAGUGCUUUCCUUUGCGACGAAACACCAUCCACAUUCACUGAACACGCGUUCUGACGACCGACAGUGUUAACGAAUAAGGAGUCUAAACAACGAAAUGCAUGAAAUUUCGUCAAAACGUGUAUCCAGUGUAACAAUAGCUUGAUAUCGCUUGACCUUGUGAUCAGCCGACCUACCUUGGGAUGGAUGAAUGUUUAUCCGCGUGUUGAACCGUGCUGGAAACUCUCGUUCGACCUCCACUCCUGGAGCCACUUGAGGGUGCUGCGCCUACCGAAGAAUGGAACACCGACGAAGGAAUCUCUGAAAGGAUGAAGAACUCUAAAUUUGAGCCAAUAGUCGGAGAACGUGGUGGGCGGUGUGCUGAGUUCCAGAUUCACAAUGGUCAAGAUAUGUAUAUCCGAGUACGAGGUACCUGAACGAGGAUUUGACGUGUCUAGGUGUCCCGUUGUGCGCGCGUCUCACACGCCGCUACACAGAUAUAACCUGUCGUUGUGGACCAUUGAAGCUACAAUCAGCAAUAUGAACGUGAUUCGACGUUAUAAGAGGGCACCACGAUACGGAGACACUAAGCAGCUAUAUACCGUACGAGAUAUCAAGAUAGAGGGCUGACUUACCAACCGUAGUAAUAUCAUCGAAGAAGAAUUUCCAUAUCGUUGCACAGAUUACCCGAAGCACAGAUGAGGGGAGAGACUAGCUUACGUGGUGACCCCUACCGAUAUCAGAGGUGACGACACAGAGACUCGCAUUCGCAUAUUUCGGGUGUCAAAUACGGAGCAGAGAUAGAUACAAAAUUCUGAGUAAUUAUAUCGGUAAAACAGCGAGACGUCGGUAGACGAACGUCACAAAUGUCACGUCUCUUCCAUACCUCGCCGGUGAUAUAACCACUGACGGAGUCGUCUGUAAUAAUUCCUAUAUUCGCCGCAGGAAAUCACAAGAGGGCGUAAGAAACGCUCUGACUUUUUGGCAAGUCGGUAUUU